UCUUUGUCCUGUGGCCCACAGUGCCCCUUCCUUCACCACCAGCAGCCCCAAAGGAAUCCUAGGGCGAGGAAUGCACAGCCAUCAGGAAGGCUGGGGCUCGCCACACCAGGGAUCUUCAUAAAGCAGGGAAACCCCAGAGCCAUGCCUGCUGGACCGGGACCUGAGCAGCUCUGCCUGACACUGGGGCCUGGGGACUCAGGGGACUCAGCUGCCCUUCUUAGAGCAGCUCACAGCACAAUGAGGAGCUUCUGCUCUUUGCUGUCCCUCCUCCUGCCCCUGAGCACCUGCUUUCCCCUGCUGGACAGAAGGGGACCCACAGACACCGGUGACAUCGGAGCCAGGAUGAGCUGGGCCCAGCUGGCUGAGGGACAACCCCCUCACUCAGUUCAAAGUCCACAGCCACAGGCUCUGCUUCUGGUGGCCAAGGAGCAGCAGGCCUCGCGCAGGGAGCACACCGGCUUCCGUCUAGGGAGGCAGGACGGUAGCCCUGAGGCCGCAGGGUUCCUGCCCACUGGCUCAGAGAAGGCCAGCAGCCUCCUGGGGACUCUGGCAGAGGAACUGAGCAGCUACAGCAGGAGGAAGGGAGGCUUUAGCUUCCGCUUCGGACGGUGAGGGCCUGCGUGGGCUCUGCCCUGUCUGACUGUCUACUGUUGCCCCACUCAACCUCAAGAACCCAGGCAGACCCAGACAGUGUGUCACAGUGAACUAGUGGUGGUGAAUGACUGUGUGCUCAGGUUUUCAUUUCCAACUUUGCUAAAGAGAAAAAUCUGAGUGGUGUUCCAACAACAACAACAACAACCCAAAAACUGAACAAUCAAUGCUCCCCCUGCCUCCCCCCAAAAACACCCUGUACACUGGAGAACCAAGUAUGUCUUGCUCAGUAAUACAAUGUGUCCUUGUCCCAGCCCAUGACUCGGGCUGCUGUCUGUCUCAGCCUCUGACUUUCCCCAGUGGUCUGAUUGGAGCAGCCCCCGGCCCCCAGUGGCAGGGCAUUGAAGCUGUGAUGGGGCCGUGUAUACCACAGGCCUCUGGCUCUGUUGUUCAUUUGUCGGUAGGUGGACCGAGAGAUUACAGCGGGAAAUCAAAGUUCUGACAGUCCCCGAAGGGACGCGGGUAGCUGACAUCUGAAGGGCCGCUGUGAAAGAGUACACUCUGCUGUGUAUAGAAUGUGAGUUGGAAAGUAGAGAAAUGAAGGAGAGGAAAUAACCCAGGCACACACAAACCCAAACAGUCAGUGUGUUCUCCACCCCAUUAGCACAAGACGCCUCUGGCAAGAAAGCCCAGCAGUGGCACCAGGCUGCCCACGAAUGGCCCGUGCAUCCCCUCUGGCUGCCCAUCGCCUCUUGUCCAUGGUAGUGUUAGCUAACUUAAAGGCCUCAUGGGACCUGAACUCCGAAGGGCUGGGUUAGGUUUUUUUGUUGUUGUUGUUCUUGUUUUUGUGCUAAGCAAGGAUGAGUUUCAAAUACCCAAACUAGGAAUUGCCAUGUGUAUCUUUUGAAAUAAAAGUUGUAACAACUGCAGCA